UGGCCGAAUUCCGAUUCACCGUCUCUUUAUUUUUGACUCUUGCGUUUGCUGUUGUUCCUUAUGCCGCGGCUUUAGUCGGGACACUCCUGAAGCUCCAAAAAUGGCACAUCUCCAUGGACAUUUGGGGGCAUGGUCCGUUCGGUUCAUCAAUUCGCGCAUACUGUCUGAACCCUUACUGGUAUUUUUGGCGCUGGCCCUGUACCCUUCCUUCACCCCCGGAUACGCAGGGCCUUUGCUUGGGGGUAGAGAGCCUUUUUGGCUGGCCUCUUCGCGAGUACAGCACACAAACCCCUGCGCGUCAAAAAAAGCCGCGGUCGGAACUAGAUUGAACCGGCCGAUCUGAUUGCGCCUUGGACCCUGCUAGCUUCACAGCCUAAGAGAC